UAUCCUCGAGCGCGCAUCAAGCUUGACAGCAUAAUGCGCGCCCCCGUGUUCCCCCGGAUGCGUGUUUACUCAGUCUCCUCUCUCCACCCUUGAAAUGAGAGAGGUACGGAGUGGAAGGGACAUAAUUUUACAAGAAAACUACCACGAACGGACAUCCAAGAUCAAGACGAGGGCGAAGCGCGAAGAGUCCAGGUGUAGCGCGCGGAAAAAUUGAUUCGACACCAAGGUCAAUUAUCUUUCUAUUAGAAAAAACUUCAGACACGGAGAAAUCACGAACCUCUGAGGAUGGAGCAGGUAUACGGGGCUGGCAAGGCUGGCGGCACCUUCGAUCCAAUUACGUUCUUUCAGCAGCCGCAGAUUAUUCUCCGAAUAUUGUCAUGGAUCUUUUCCAUUGUGAUCUUUGGAUGCAUUGCUAACGAGGGCUAUGUGAACCGUCCAGACGAGGUGGAGGAGUAUUGCAUCUUUAACCGCAACCAGAAUGCCUGUAACUAUGCCGUGGGUAUGGGAUCCCUGGCCUUCCUCUGCUGUGCCGCUUUUAUGGCACUGGACGUCUACUUUCCUCAGAUAAGCAGCGUUAAAGACCGCAAGAAGGCUGUGUUAGCUGAUAUUGGUGUUUCAGCCUUCUGGUCUUUCGUGUGGUUUGUGGGAUUCUGUUUCCUGGCCAAUCAGUGGCAGGUGGCUAAAUCUGAAGAUAACCCCCUCAAAGAGGGUGGAGACGCAGCCAGAGCAGCCAUCACCUUCGCCUUCUUCUCCAUAUUUACUUGGGGUGUUCUUACAUUCUCGGCCCUGGAGCGCCUAAAGAAAGUCUCAUUUGAAGAGGAAUACAACAAACUGUUCACCCCUCAUACGCCACCUCCAUUUGUCUAACAUUUACCUUACACAUACUUGUUUACUAUGCCAUAGACAUCAACUACAGAAGCACCCCUCAAAAAAUCCAACAGUCAUGGAGACCAAUGAAGAUGUGAUGUUUUUUGAUAUGAUAUGUGGUUUGUUUUUUGUUACAGUGCCAUAUCAAGCCCUGAACUUCCUUGUACGAACUGGGAAGAGUUUUAAAUAACAUAUGAUACAUAUCUGCCUGGAAUUAUGAAAUUAUUACAAUAGGAUCUCCAGUGAGAUGAUCUAAUUUUCACCUUUAGGUCUAUUCCAGCAUUUAUCAUACAAGUAAAGACUGGGGUUAAAGGUACAGUACUUUUCAAAGGUUUGGGGUCAGUAAGAUUUUUUGAAAGAAAUUCAUAAUUGUAUUCAGCAAG